CUUUUGGGGGCCGGCGGCGAACCGAGGGUAGCCAUGGCAGCGAUGGCGCUGCUAUCCUUGCUGGCGCAGAAAAUGGGCCCCGUCAUGGCGCGGGGAGCGGUUAGUGCAGGGCUGUCUCCCCCUCAGGUCAUGGCUGCCACUGUUAGAUACGCAUCCAAGAAGACUGGAGGUAGCUCAAAAAACCUUGGUGGGAAGUCACCAGGCAAACACUAUGGCAUCAAGAAAUUGGAGGGUCAAUAUGUUCAUGCUGGCAACAUCAUUGGGACUCAGCGCCAGUUCCGCUGGCAUCCAGGAGCUCAUGUAGGACUGGGUAAGAACAAGUGUCUAUAUGCCCUGGAAGAGGGCAUUGUCCGCUACACAAAGGAGGUAUAUGUGCCCAAUCCCAGCAGUCCUGAAGGUGUAGACUUGGUCACCCAGCUGCCCAAGGGUGCUGUGCUCUACAAGACUUUUGUCCAUGUUGUCCCUGCCAAGCCUGUGGGCACCUUCAAAUUGGUGGCUAUGCUCUAAGCCUCCUGGCCAUGUCAUUGGUUGAAAACUAGAGCCAGAGUGCCAGAAGAUUGAGCCAGAUGCCAAGGAAUCAGGGUGGAGGCAGGUCUCCCUGAGAGAGUUGGUUUGGUUGACCGUGAACACAGAAGAGACUAUGUGAAGCAACCACCUAAGGGGUAAUGAGGUGGACAUACCUGAGGUCCAAAAUAAAAUUAGUUCAAACCAUGA